CCAGGCAUGCAGGAUUUUAACUACCUGAGCAGUAAUUGUUUUGAGAUAACUCUGGAGCUGAGCUGUGACAAGUUUCCUGCUGAAGAAACACUGAAGACUUAUUGGGAGGAGAACCGCAACUCCCUGGUCAAUUACAUAGAGCAGGUGCAUCGUGGUGUGAAGGGCUUUGUGCGUGACCUUCAGGGCGGAGCCAUCUUUAACGCCUCCAUCUCAGUGGAGGGCAUCGACCAUGACAUCACUACAGCUAAGGACGGAGACUACUGGCGUCUCCUGGCAGCAGGGAACUACAAGGUAUCUGCUUCGGCUCCUGGUUACCUGACUGUCAUCAAGAAGGUGGCUGUCCCCUACAGUCCUGCUAUUAGGGUGGACUUUGAGCUGGAGUCCUUGGUGGAGCGGAAGGAAGUUGAAAAAGAGGAACUGAUGGACUGGUGGAAGAUGAUGUCAGAGACACUCAACUUCUGAACACUCUGAUUGGUCCACAGGGCCACCGGCACGUCUGUGAUUGGUUGACAGGUUGAUCGACGUGUGCGUCUGCAAAUGGGUGUACUAUAUUGUGUGUUGUCCCGCACCUCUGUACAGGUCUUCUCUUGAUUUGAGUUUUUCUGUGUUUAUUUACAUUUUGGUUUAAUGGUUAAUGUUGUUGUCAGGGGUUACCCCAUUCCAGGGGGCUCCAACCCUUUUCUAGCAUGCGAACUACACUUUAUUAACCUAGCUUUCCCCUCUUCUCCCCUACAACUCUUCCCCUGGUCCUUAGUGUACUAGAGGAAGUAGUGGUCAUCUCUUCCCCUGGUCCUUAGUGUACUAGAGGAAGUAGUGGUCAUCUCUUCCCCUGGUCCUUAGUGUACUAGAGGAAGUAGUGGUCAUCUCUUCCCCUGGUCCUUAGUGUACUAGAGGAAGUAGUGGUCAUCUCUUCCCCUGGUCCUUAGUGUACUAGAGGAAGUAGUGGUCAUCUCUUCCCCUGGUCCUUAGUGUACUAGAGGAAGUAGUGGUCAUCUCUUCCCCUGGUCCUUAGUGUACUAGAGGAAGUAGUGUUAUCAUCUCUUCCCCUGGUCCUUAGUGUACUAGAGGAAGUAGUGGUCAUCUCUUCCCCUGGUCCUUAGUGUACUAGAGGAAGUAGUGUUAUCAUCUCUUCCCCUGGUCCUUAGUGUACUAGAGGAAGUAGUGGUCAUCUCUUCCCCUGGUCCUUAGUGUACUAGAGGAAGUAGUGUGUCAACUCUUCCCCUGGU